UUUAUCAGCACCGAAACUUUCGGUAUGUGGAUCACGGAUUGUGACGGGAUAUUGCUUGGUCGGUGAUUCGUUAGGGUGAGUCUGAGAAGGCGCCCAGGCAUGUCGUCCCAUCGGCACCGCUACAAGAACGAGGGCCUCGACUCGGCCGAGCUGCGCCGCCGCCGUGAGGAGGAGGGCGUCCAGCUGCGCAAGGAGAAGCGCGACCUACAGCUGAACAAGCGGCGCAACGUGCCGCUGCUGGACGCCGGCCUGGAGGAGCAGGCGCCGCCACUGCCGCCGCAGCCGCAGGAGGCGCCGUGCAUCACGCAGGAGAUGGUGGCCGCCCUGUACAGCGACGACCCGGAGCGUCAGGUGGAGGCGGCGCAUCGCUGCCGUAAGCUGCUCAGCCGCGAGCCUAACCCGCCCAUCGACGAGGUGAUCCGUGCCGGCGUCGUGCCCCGCUUCGUGCAGCUGCUGCAGGCCGACCACCAGCGGCUGCAGUUCGAGGCGGCCUGGGCGCUCACCAACGUGGCGUCGGGUUCGUCACCGCAGACCCGCUGCGUGGUGGACGCCGGCGCUGUGCCGGUGCUCAUCGGCCUGUUGCGCUCGCCGCACGAGGAGGUGCGCGACCAGGCCGUCUGGGCGCUGGGCAACGUGGCCGGCGACUCGCCGCAGUUCCGCGACUACACGCUCGAGCAGGGCCUGCUGGCGCCGCUCAUCCAGAUCCUGUCCGGACCAACACUGCGCCUCUCGCUGAAGCGCAACGCCGUGUGGACGCUGAGCAACCUGUGCCGCGGCAAGAACCCGCCGCCCGACUUCAGCCGCGUGGCGCCGUGCCUGCCGCUGCUGGCGGGCCUGCUGGCCGACGCCGACGCAGAGGUGCUGGCUGACGCGUGCUGGGCGCUCGGCUACCUCUCGGACGGACCCAACAACAAGAUCCAGGGGGUCAUCGACGCCGGCGUCUGCCGACGUCUGGUGGAGCUGUUGCUGCACAGCGAGCAGCGCGUGGUGAGCGCGGCCCUGCGAGCGGUGGGCAACAUAGCCACCGGCGACGACCACCAGACGCAGGCGAUCCUCAACUGCCAGGCGCUGCCCUGCCUCCUGCACCUGCUCGGCUCUGCCAAGGAGAACAUCCGCAAGGAGGCCUGCUGGACCAUCAGCAACAUCACGGCUGGCAACCAGCCGCAGAUCCAGGCAGUGAUUGAGGCCCAGAUAUUCCCGGCGCUCGUCGAGAUUGUCUGGACGUCCGAGUUCCGCACGCGCAAGGAGGCCGUAUGGGCCAUCACCAACGCCACCACGGGCGGCACGGCCGACCAGGUCAAGUACCUGGUGCAGCAGCAAUGCAUCCAGGCUCUGUGCCAGAUACUAGGCGUGAUGGACCAGAAGAUCACGCAGGUAGCGCUGAACGGGCUCGAGAACAUCCUCAAAGUGGGAGAGGCCGAGGCUAAGAUGUCCGGCCAGAACCCGUUCGCCCUCAUAGUGGAGGAGUGCUGCGGGUUGGACAAGAUCGAGGCGCUGCAGACGAGCACCAACCAGGAGAUCUACCAAAAGGCGUUCGACCUGGUCGAGACCUACUUCGGGAGCGACGAGGAGACGUCGGGCAUGGCGGCGCCCGAGCUCGACGCGAGCGGCGAGUACCGCAUGAGCGCCGGCGAGCAGCACAUCCAGUUCUAGAGCGCCCGCCGCCGGACGGCCGCCCCGCCGCGGGCGGCGCGGACGGCGGCCGCCGCUGUGCCGGCCGCCCAGGCGGGAGUCGGCUGCCAUCGCCUUCGGACCGCAGACGAACCGGCGAACCGGCCGACGGACUGCAGGUGGACAGCGGACUCAGCGGCGGCUGCUGUGGCCGUGCACGUCCAGUAGAGCCCGGUCUUAAUUCGACUCUGGCGUUGCGCUACCGGUCGCUGACUCCGCAGCGAACAGCAUGCUGCGACGUCAUACUGGCCGCCUGACGAGGGGUGACAUCACAUCCUCUACGACGUCUCGGGUGACGUCUCGGGGAAGGCUGGGCGGUGUGACGUCCCGGCGGCUGCGGAGCCCGGCCCCGGCCCCGGCCGCGGCCCCGGUCACGGACGGGACGGCGCCGCGCCGUCAGGCCCCGUGCACUGGCUGACUUCGACUCACGGGUGGACAGGGGCUGGGUGAGCGCGACCCAGGCCCCCGACUGAACUUCCUACCUGCCGGACAACCCGCAUCUUUCGAAACGGACUGUGAUACACCAAGUGUGCGUGUUCCGACAUGUGCACGUGCAGGGAAGGCGCCGCGCCCUGCCUGUCUGUCAGCUGUGUUUGAUGUGGGAGACACCGGAUCACUGACUCUUUGGGCAGACCGCGGCGUGCCGGUUUUUGUGACGACGUUUAACGAGGAUGACUGCGGAAGAACAUGUACGAACGCAGGUCGGGAACGGGGUGGAACGAGUGGUUGUUUGGUCGUACUCAUCUGUUGGCGUAUUUGCUGUGCGCACGUGAUCUGUGUUAUCGCUCAUUUGGGACUGUGUGCACGUGGCUAGCUAAUUAUGAUGCUGCAUUGCACGAUGGCUGCAAUUGGUUCGCAGUGCGUUUGCCUGCAUGAGCUUUACUUUUAAACGCGAUGGCUGAGGCGACCCAAGACUUGAGCUGCAGACUGCAAGACUGUUCGUGAGCUCAGACGUUUGCGUAGGACACUAUUUGCCCUGAGUUCCGUCGACGUGGUCGCAGGCGACCCCGGAUGCCUACCAGCAGCUUGUGCUAACUGUGUAACGCCUGUUAUCCGUGGAGACAUCCUAAGAGUAUAUAUGAUCUUACUCGUGUGGAUUUGCCGUGUGAAUAGAAGAGUGUUCGUA